CUGGUUUUCAGUAGAAAACCGUUGGCCGCGCAAAUCGCACGGAUGCGGGCGGGCUAAUAUCCAAGAGAUACCAAGAAAACAGAUCAGUCAGAGAACAAGAGAAAAGGUGGAAAAGACAUACUCCAAUCAGAUCGGCGGAUCGACGGACUGAGAAAAAUACGCAAAAUUGAUGGUUAAAAUAAAUAAAUAAAUGAGUUUUCGGUGCGCGUCGAAAGUGCAGUGCGCGUUUCACAGCCGGAUUGCGAUUCAUGUAUCCAUAAUAAAAAUGCCCAAAAGCAUAAGACACAAAUCGGCAAAAGUAUUUCGAAAAUAACCUGCAGCAACAGCAGAAAACACAUUAAUUUUCCAAAUACCCCGCAAAACAAAAAAUAUAAAAAAGAAAGCAACAAAUGAACGUAUCUCACGGAUGCGAAAUUCGGUGUGCGGCUGUAAUUUUAAACGCAUUUCUUGCGCUUGUUUUGACAUUGAAAUGAAACAACAAUAACAAUCGGAUAAUUAAAACGGAGAAAACACACGCCAACAACAGAUACAGAUAUACACCUGCCGUCUGCCCAACCUAGAUACAAAAAUCGAUCUCUCCGAAGAGCAAAGAAAUCAGGGAACUUGGAGAACUCAGGGAAUACGAGAAGAUGACCACGCGCGGUAUACGGCGUAAGAAGUCUACUCUGACGGAGUUGAAGAUUGCCGUGAUCGGGGCGCCCAGUGUUGGAAAGAGCGCUCUAAUUGUGCGUUUCUUGACAAAGCGUUACAUCGGGGAGUACGAUCACCAGACUGAGAAUCGCUAUAAGCAUGAAGCGAUGGUGGAUGGCGAACCGGUGCUGUUCGAAAUACUCGACACAUGUCCCAAGGCCGAGGACGAAUACCCAAAUGCAGCUGAGCUCGUCCAAUGGGCCGAUGGCCUACUGCUGGUCUACUCCAUCACAGAUCGCAAGAGCUUCAACUAUAUACGCCGUGCCAAAUCCGAUCUUCAGUCCGAUACUCCCGUCCAGCUCUGCGCCAAUAAAGUGGACAUGGUGCACUUGCGCCAGGUGAGCCGCGACGAGGGCGAAAUCCUGGCCAAGGACUUCGAGUGCAAGUUCAGCGAGGUCUCCGCCGCCGACCAUGUGGACCAGGUGGCCGAGGUCUUUAACGAGCUGUGCAAGGAGGUGCUGGCCUCCAAGCGCAAGUCCAAGCAGAGUCUGCUCGAGAGGAUGCUCGGCGGAGCACGGCCCUACAGCCGGGGGAAGAGCGACAGCAAUUUGCCAAAAGACUGAUAGCGGUGAUGGUUGAGGAUUUUAAUGUAAAUAAAU